CAAGUGAAGUUAGGAGUAUCACAAUCCAUGGAUAUCAUACCCGUGAGGUGUAAGAAUAAUUUGCUAUAAUUGAAAAUAAUACAAGAAAAUGACAAACUCAGUAGAGUAUAACAAUCCAUUCCCUAUCCUUUAAUGGACGUUCAAAUAAACAACCAGCAACUUUAAGAUAAUGGAAGUUCUGAAUUCAGACACGUCACCGCUUUUGGCAAAUGACAUGCACCGAAGCGGCAGACUGAGUCAAGGUAACUCGGUGCGUGCACUGAGGAGUGAGUUCAUGUCGAGAUUGCCUGAUAAAGUUCGGCAUGGAGUGGAUGUUGAAUCUUCUACUUCUCAUUUGGAUCUCUCUACAACCAAAGGUCUAACCAAAGAUGUGAAGGAAUACUAUCAAAGACAAUUCGAGACACUCAAAUCGUUUGAGGAAGUUGAUUCUCUCGUCACAGAUGGUACAAUCGAUGCGGAAGACGACGAAGAAGAGCAGCAAGCUGAAAAGGCCAUGAAAAUUUCUAACUAUGCUAAUGUUUUACUUUUAGCAUUUAAGAUCUAUGCUACGGUUAAAAGUGGAUCAAUAGCGAUUGCUGCGUCAACUUUAGAUUCAUUACUCGAUCUAAUGGCGGGUGGAAUACUUUGGUUCACUCAUCUCUCUAUGAAAAAUAUUAACAUUUAUAAGUAUCCUAUUGGGAAAUUGAGGGUGCAGCCUGUGGGCAUAAUCAUCUUUGCUGCUGUCAUGGCUACACUUGGCUUUCAGAUAUUGAUGCAGGCAGUUGAAGAAUUAGUAAAAAACGAGCCGCCUUCAAAGAUGUCUUCGAACCAAUUGUUGUGGUUGUAUAUAAUCAUGAUUACUGCCACUCUAGUCAAGUUGGCACUCUGGAUUUAUUGUAGAAGUUCAGGAAACGAUAUUGUUCGAGCUUAUGCCAAGGAUCACUAUUUCGAUGUGAUAACAAAUGUGGUGGGAUUAGUUGCAGCGGUUUUAGGUGAUGAGUUCUACUGGUGGAUAGAUCCAGUUGGUGCUAUCUUCCUUGCAAUCUAUACAAUUACAAAUUGGUCUUCAACUGUUAUGGAAAAUGCAGUUUCACUUGUGGGACAAUCAGCUCCUCCCGAAGUAUUGCAAAAACUGACUUAUCUCGUAAUAAGGCAUCCUCAAGUUAAGCGUGUCGACACAGUUCGUGCUUACACCUUCGGUGUUCUUUAUUUCGUGGAGGUUGACAUUGAACUGCCAGAAGAUUUGGCAUUGAAGGAAGCACAUGCAAUUGGAGAGAGUUUGCAGGACAAGAUUGAGAAACUGGCAGAAGUAGAGAGAGCCUUUGUCCAUCUUGAUUUUGAGUGUGAACACAAGCCAGAGCAUUCUGUUCUUAGUAGGCUACCUAACAACACUUAGCUAUAUAUCUACAUUUAUGUAUUAUGAUACGGCUGUCGAUACGGAAUUGGAGAUUUUAGAGAAAAUGGUUCGAAAAGUGGGAUAGUGGCACUUUCGUAAUUCUGCAAAAGUUCGAGUUGUGUGACUUAGGUGAUUUCUAGGCCUAAUUUCAAACAGGCAAACGAUCAAUACACAUCAGCUUUGCUCGUGACAUCCGUCACUUCCACAUUCAAUUGUUUGGGCUUCCAAAUUGCGAUUUAUGUUUAUGCCUAUUUUAAGUAAUUUCGUUUAGUAUUUUCUUUUCAAUUCAGAUUAGGGAUUCAAUAUUUUUGAUAUUUAUAUGUAAGUUUAAGACUUGUGAGGCAGUUUUUUUAUUUUUUUGAACAAUUUUGUUUAUUUUUCAAUUUCGGUAUUCAAUUAAAAUCAAUUAAUAUUUUAAA